AUCCGGUUUAUUAUCACUCAUCUUAUCCCAGGUUGGAUUCUGGUUGGUUGCUAUUUCUUACAAAGUAUCUCGUUGCGCCAUAUACUUCCAUCGUAUUAAACCAAAAAGGGCGCUAAGACAGCAAUCAUUAUCGCCGUCGGACUUACAACCCCGACGCCUGCUAUAGGAGCAGCCAACCUGCUAUACUUCCUUACCCUCGACUUUAGGAACCCACUCGGGAAUGUAUCAGAUGCCAGGCUGGGCAAGCCCCAAGCAUACCAGAUCAUUCAUCCUGACGGGCGGACUAAUGACCAUGGAACGCUCUCCGCCGGAGUGCUUCAUGGCGGGUAUCGGGGAAGGGAUGAAUGAUCGUGGCGUACCAUGUGGUAGGGAAAUUGAGGGAAACGAUCUCCUUCUGCUUCUGGAUGAUCAUGCUCAAAAUCGCUGCACGCUAAUAGGACCGACGAGCGGCACAAAACACCGCCUUUACCAUGGAACACAAUACGAUGUCCAUCGCACUAGGUUUAGCUCCAGGCAUACAUACCGCUCGUAUCUAGGAGUAAGAACCCUCCUUCUCAUCUUAAUUGCGCACGUCCACCUCGAGUACGAAGAUGAGCAUGGAACCGCCUCCUUGGGAACCUUAGGAAGAAGCAGUCAGGCUUCCAGAAGAGACACCGGGGCGUCCGAGCGUCUCCAGGCUUCUACUUUGAAUUAUGGGGUGGGGUUGGUGCAAUGCGUCGGCGAAUGUGGGGAGCCUUAUGAUCCGGCGAGUGGGAAAACAAUUGAGCUGCGUCUGGAAUGCUUCCUGAUAGCCCGAAAGAAGCCACCAGCAGAGAUUAGCCUGUCAACCCUGGUUCGAACUGCUGGUGGAAUGAUGAUAAUGGAUGACCGGUAUCAGACCACAAGUCGGCUACACUCUGGCGGGGUUAAUUAUCCGGCGGGCAACACCGUUCCGUUUGAUCUCGACGCUAGUUUACUAUCGCCUAAAAGAGACAAAAGCUCGCAUAUGGGAGAUUUGCGGGACUGUGCAAAGGCUUCUGCAUCCCCGGCUGCUCUAACCAGGAUCUACUGGACUAGGAAAGAAGCCAGCCGGAAGGGGUUCCAGGGCGCCACUCGUCUAAUCACAGGAGCAACGCACCUUCACAAUCCUGAACAGGACGCGACCUGGUCAGCGGAACAGGCGCCAAACGGUUUUAACCCCCCAUGGGCGGUGUGGCCGAACUCUCCCAUAGUCUUCAAACCAGCCAAUGAAUUGUAUCGAGCCUGUCCACCAUGGCGCCAUCUCAAGCGCUGGGGUCACCAGCUCGUUUUGGGUUUAGAUCCGUCACCGGGACACCGUCUCUGUGAAUGA